AUGCACAAGCUGGAUAAUAAAGGCUUACCACAGGCAGUUGAGAUACUUAAGAAGAAAGCUAACAGUUAUUUUGAGAAAGAACAUUAUUCUAAGGCUAUUUACUUAUAUAACCAAGCCGUAGCUAGAUCUUCUAAUUCAUCUGUGUUGUUUGGGAAUAGAGCAGCAGCUUACAUGAAAAGAAAAUGGGAUGGUGAUUUAUAUGCAGCAUUAAGAGACUGUCAUAGUGCUUUACAAUUAGAUCCAAACCAUUUGAAAGCUCAUUUUCGAUUGGCUAGAUGUUUGUAUGAGUUGUCAUGGCCACAGGAAGCUUAUGAUUGUUUACAACAAUUUAAAAAUAAGUGUCCAGACUAUGCAAAAAGUAAUGCAUGUGAAGCUUUAGACAAAGACAUUAAAGCAGCCAUUAGCUCUAAUGCAGAUGAUAAAGACCCAGAUAAUGCUGUAGAUCCACAGGCUGCUAUGAGAAAGAAGUCCUUCCCAAUAUCUGACCAGGAGAAAUUAUGGCGGGAAGCAGCCUUUGACCAUGAGUCCAGGUUCUGUGGGCAUUGCAAUACAACUACAGAUAUAAAAGAAGCUAAUUAUUUUGGAAGCAAUGGUCAGUAUAUAGUAGCAGGAUCUGAUGACGGUUCUUUCUUUAUAUGGGAGAAGAAUACUACAAAUAUUGUACGGGUAUUAAAAGGAGACGACUCUAUAGUAAAUUGUCUACAGCCACAUCCAAGUCAUUGUUUGUUAGCCACCAGUGGAAUAGAUCCGGUGGUACGAUUGUGGAGUCCUUUAGCAGAGGAUGGUUCAAAGAAUGAAAGAGAAAUUGAUAACUCAGAUGACGCAGCAUUAGCCAAUCAAAAGAGAAUGAAUGCUGACCCCUUAGAGGUCAUGCUAAUGAACAUGGGAUACCGGAUCACUGGAGUGUUUGAUGUAGAUGAAGAAGAAGAACAGAGAGGUUACCAAGGGGUCAAUUGUCGACCCAGUUGAGUUGCCUUGAUUUAUAGAAUAAUAAUUUAAGACAGUUUAUUAAGUUUAAAACUUGUUUUUGUAUAUGAAUUGUUAUUGUGAUGUUGUUAAACCAGAUUAUGAUACAUAAUUAUUUAAAUGGCUGUAUAACAGUAUUUCCUCCCCAGUAUGAGAGCCUCAUUGCUCUAUAGAUUUUUGUAAUCUCCCUUUGCUUAUUCAAUGUAUGACAAGUCUGGAUCAUACAUAUGUUUUGAAGUAAAAAUUGAAGAGGUCAUUGAUCCAUGCUUUCUUUUAAUUUGAAUAGAAGAAAGAAAAUCAAAAUGUAUACAUAAUUAGGUAUUGUUUUAAUUCCUAAUGGAUUUUGUAUUUUUGAUUAUAAAUCAUAAUUAAUUCAAAAAUAUGUGCAGGAAAUAAACAUUGUUAUUUUAAUCCUUUUUGAAAACAAAUUUGUGAAAAUGUAAACAAUUUGUAUUUUCAUUUACUAUUUGUAUUCUUGAAAUAUUCUUCUAUAUAUCAAUUUAUAUAAUUCUUACUAAAAUUUGCUCAAAAUCUCUCUGUUUUUUGUAUCUUUGUAAAAUGAUAUACUUGCUUGAAAUGAUAUGUGUCAGAUAUAAGAUAUUUUUGUCGGAGGGAAGUAAUAAAAUCAU